AUGAGUAUUGCUGAAGUAAAUGCAGCUCCAACCAGGCUUAAGGGAAGGUUUAGUGCAAUGGUAGUAUGUUGGAUUCUUGGACUCGGGUCCCUCGUGUCAUGGAACAGUAUGCUGACAAUUGGAGACUACUACUAUAAAUUGUUCCCGGAAUAUCAUCCCGCCAGGGUACUUACCCUCGUUUAUCAACCAUUCGCAUUUGGUACAAUUGCGACACUUUCAUACUAUGAGUCAAGGAUUGACACCAGACGACGUAACAUAACGGGAUACACCCUUUUCUUCUUGAGUACUUUGUUGCUCGUAAUUUUGGAUUUAGCUACAUCAGGAAAAGGAGGGAUUGGAAGCUAUAUUGGUGUAUGUAUCUUAGUUGCUGCUUUUGGGGUUGCAGAUGCCCUUGUUCAAGGUGGAAUGGUUGGAGACUUGUCACUUAUGAGCCCCGAGUUCAUCCAAUCAUUUCUAGCUGGUUUGGCUGCAUCAGGGGCUCUGACCUCUGCUUUGAGGCUAAUGACAAAAGCAGCAUUCCAAAAAUCUGAUAAUGGUCUUCGCAAGGGGGCUAUGUUAUUCCUUGCCAUCUCUACAUUCCUUGAGUUUCUAUGUAUAUUUCUGUAUGCAAACUUCUUUCCCAAACUGCCAAUUGUGAAACACUACCGCUCAAAUGCAGCCUCAGAAGGAUCGACAACUGUUUCAGCUGACCUUGCUGCUGCUGGCAUACAAACACAGACUGAAGACGAUGCUAAGACACUGGAGCGGUUGAGCAACAAACAAUUGUUCUUUCAGAACAUAGAUUAUAUGUUAGGCAUUUUUUUAAUAUAUGUCUUGACUUUGUCAAUUUUCCCCGGGUUCUUGUAUGAAAAUACUGGAUCACACCAGCUAGGUUCAUGGUAUCCACUUGUUCUGAUAGCAAUGUACAACGUCUGGGAUCUAAUAUCAAGAUACAUUCCCCUCGUGAAGUGCCUAAAAUUGGAGUCAAGAAAGGGGCUUAUGGUUUCGAUACUGUCCCGUUUCUUGCUCAUCCCUGCAUUUUAUUUCACUGCAAAAUAUGGUGAUCAGGGAUGGAUGAUAAUGCUCAUAUCCUUCUUGGGACUAACCAAUGGUUAUCUUACCGUUUGUGUCCUUACAGUGGCUCCUAAAGGCUACAAGGGUCCGGAGCAAAAUGCAUUGGGCAAUCUGCUAGUGGUAUGUCUUUUAGGUGGCAUAUUUGCAGGGGUUGCCCUCGAUUGGUUGUGGCUUAUUGGGAAUGACAAAUUUUAAAGAGCCAAAUUCCUGAUCUUGAUUAAAGAAAGUCAGUUCUUCACACAAAGUACUUCAAAUCUGGAUGGAGAUAAAGCAGGAGCCAUACUCUACUGCUAGCAAAAAUUACAGAGCAGCUAGCAGCAGAAUCUUAAUCCUUAAUCUGGAAUGUGUUUCCAAAUAGUAUAAAUGUGAUGUUUUUACGUCUUUUUUGAUGUAUACAAGAUGGUAGUUUGUGUGGA